UACUUGCAGUUAGUAGCGCCAAAAAGUUACCCAUCCAUAGAAUUUACAGCAACAUAAGUCCUCCGCCAUUGAAACCACAUCAUAGAAUGGCCGAUGAAACCAUUCAAACACCUAUCUCUGGUGGCAGGACGGUAGAAGAAUGCCAGGACAUGAUUCGUAAAAGUCUCCGAACUCCAAUGGUGAAAUUUUUGAGGGAGCAUUUAGAGAAGGCAGGGUGUGGAAUUGGGGAUAGCUUUAUCAAAGCUGUUGAUUGUGAUAAGAAGAUCAGUGGCGGUUAUGUUCGCGGUGAUGGGAUAAUCGUAUGCAGUAAUCAUAUGAACAUUCAAGAUGAGGUUGAUCAAGUGGUUAUUCAUGAGCUUAUUCAUGCUUAUGAUGACUGUCGUGCUGCCAACUUGAACUGGGCUAAUUGUGCUCAUCAUGCCUGCAGUGAGAUUCGUGCUGGCCAUCUAAGUGGAGAUUGCCAUUUUAAAAGGGAAUUGCUCCGAGGUUAUAUGAAAAUUAGAGGUCACGAGCAAGAAUGCGUGAGAAGAAGAGUGAUGAAAUCUGUGAUUGCUAAUCCAUACUGCUCAGAAGCAGCUGCAAAGGAUGCUAUGGAAGCUGUCUGGGAUGUCUGUUAUAAUGAUACAAAGCCCUUCGAUAGAGCUCCUUGAAACACCAUUAUGACCACCAAAUCAGCUGCUGCUGCUCCAGCUUUUGUUUGAUCAUAGACGACAUUGGUUUUCAAGGAGUCAAGUGAACGCGGAUGUCUUGAACAACAACACUCAAAUUAUUUUGAAUUUUCCUCAUUUUUCUCAUUGACAUGUAGCGGCGCCAACAGAAAGAUUCUAUAUAUGAACUAUAGACUGAUAUUUUUGACAUCAAUGAUUGAUGUUCCUCCCAGAGGUAAGGUAAAAAAAACAAAACAAUACUUGUCCGGUUCACCAUUCUCAGAAAGGAAUGCAGUGAAGUACGCCGAUUCUUUUGGAUGAGAUUUGUAUCAUGAUGACAAUAGUUAAAUACAUGAUUUUAGAAGCUGACUUACAAUGUCCAGAACAAGCAUAUUCUUCAGAAAUAAGUAAGCAAUUGAAAUAUGGCCGAUUCUUUGGAUUUA